AGUUGGAAAAUGCUUUCACUUCGACCCUCCUUUGUGGUUCCGCUGGGGUCGGUUGGUAACCAAUAGAUGGGCAUUCAUCCCUUCCCUCAUCGGAGUCUUGAUGUUAGCGGCUCUCUUUGGUUGGUCCAGCUCGCAUCUGCGGCUGACUGGUGAUGUUAAGCAGUUCGAUCCUCGAGGGUCGAGCUUGGAGCGUGUAGGCAACGCUAUUGCACGAAGCUUCCCCGAAGGGAUUACUGCUCCUUAUAUGUUGGCUUUUGAAUCGACUUCAGCGGCGACAGUAUUGUCAGAACC